AUGAUGCAAGGAGAAAACAACACAGUUGUGACCGAGUUCCUGCUCAUGGGACUGACAGACCUUCUACAGCUUAAGAUUGUCCUCUUUGUGUUGUUCUUUGCUGUUUAUGCUACCACCCUGGUGGGAAACCUGGGCAUGAUAUUCCUAAUCAGGUCCAGUCCUCAGCUCCACACCCCUAUGUACUUUUUCCUCAGCAACUUGUCUUUCUUAGACAUCUGCUAUUCAUCUUCUGUCACACCAAAGCUCCUAACUGACCUCUUGAAAGAAAAGGCAGCCAUUUCUUUUGCUGAUUGUUUCACUCAGUUUUACUUUUAUAUCGUAUUUGCUACCACUGAGUGCUACCUGUUGGCUGUCAUGGCCUAUGACCGCUAUGUAGCUAUAUGCAACCCAUUACUCUACUUAAUCACCAUAUCUCACAAAAAGUGUGUCCAGCUUGUCUCUGUUUCCUAUACUGCUGGGAUUAUAAAUGCCUUGGUGCAUACAGUGGCUGCAGCUAGAUUAUCCUUCUGUGGCCCAAAUAUAAUUAAAACUUUUUACUGUGAAGCUCCUCCACUCUUUGCUCUUUCUUGCUCAGACAUCAGUCUCAAUUAUCUGUUGAUGUUUGUAUUUGCUGGAUUCAAUAUGAUAAUAACCAAUCUGACCAUUCUCACCUCCUACACCUGCAUCCUGGUCACCGUAUUAAAGAUCCCCUCUGCCAAGAGCCGACAGAAAGCCUUCUCCACUUGUACCUCCCACCUCAUGGCCAUCAUCAUUCUCUAUGGAGCUCUAAGCUUCAUGUAUGCACGGCCAAGCUCCAGAAACUCUCCAAACUUAGACAAAAUGGCCUCGCUGUUCUACAUAGUGGUGACUCCCAUGCUGAACCCCUUGAUCUAUAGUUUGAGAAACCAGGAGGUAAGGAGUGCUUGCAGAAAAGUCCUAGGAAGUAAAGCUGUUUUCCAGCAUGCAUGA